AUGAGCAAGGACCACCGGGCGGGACUGAAGAAGGUGAAGUCGGCGUCAGAGUGGGUGAUCGAGAAGCUCAUCGCGUCCGAGGAGACCCUGACCAAGUUCGUCGUCUUUGCCCACCACAAGACCGUCUUGGACAGGCUUCAAGAGGCGUUCGAGGUGCAAGGCACGCGGGGGAACACGUGCCCCUUCACACCGCGUGCGGCGAACGACUCCGACGACGCGUCUGUGGGAGCGUUUACUUGUCUCCGCAUCGACGGGUCGGUGCCCACGGCCUUGAGGGCCUCGAGGCUGUCGGAGUUCAACACCAACGAGCGCUGCCGCGUGCUCGUCGUUUCCAUCACGGCCGGGGGGCAGGGGCUGGACUUCACCGCCGCCAGCAACGUGGUCUUCGUCGAGCUCCCCGAGAGCCCGGCGUGGCUGAGGCAGGCGGAGGACAGGCUCCACCGUCGGAGACAGGAGAAGAGCGUGAACGUGUACCUGACAGUACUGCCGACCGGAAGCCACGACGACACUAGAUGGCUUAGCCUCAGCGAGAAGCUGACGACCCAGACGUCCGUGAUGAACGGAACGCUGUACGCCGAGAACAUCGACGUCGACAGAGUGGUCGACGCGGGCAGUACCCUGGAUCACGACGGCCCGACGCGCCGGCCAAGCAGGCGUCGAGGCCGUCGUGCACCGAGCUCCUUGCCAACAAACGAUUCGACCGCCGGCGGCGACGAGGAUGCCGUGGGAGACGGCGGCUGUACCGGCAGCCUUGAUAACGACGACGACGCCCCCGCUUCUUGCAUCGAGCUUUCUGGCUCUGACGAUGGUAGCGAAGAUGAUGAUCACGAUGAUGGUGGGCUGGCGGAGGAGACGGAGACGGACUUGGACGCCGAGCUGAGGAACGCGCUGCUGUCGACGCCGUUGGACGUCCCGACCCACCGGCCAUCUCAAUCGCCGACAUUUCAGCUGCUCCGGGCGAUCGCAGAAAGCCCGGUGGCGCCGCCCUCCGGCAGCACGCCGCCCAAGCCCAACAACAUUUUCAGCCAGGCCACAACCAGCAGCAGCGCCAAUGGGAAGAAGAAAAUGUCGUCAACUUCGCCGGGCGCACGCGGUGACGAAGGGUUGGCGAGAUGGCUGGGACGCGAGGAGGGGAGAGCUAAGACUCCGAGAACAGGUGGCGGGGAGGGCGUGGGCAAGGGCGCUCGUAAGACAACGACGAUUUUGAACAUGGAUUCACCCCCCGGCAGGGGUACGUACGGGGCGGCGACUGCUUCCCCCGUCGUGAGCCGCAAGCGCCCGCGGUCCUCGCCGCCGGGGUCCGGUAACGCCCACGUUUCUCCUGGAAACCCGUUCGAGACGUACGGGCACAACUGCCGUCCUCGUCGGCCGCCGCCGCCGCCGCCGUCGCCGUCCUCGCGUCUCGGUGUCGACAGCGGGUCGCCGCCGCCGAUGGAGGUGGCACCUGUUGGCGCCGGCAGUGAUGAUGACGACAGCGACAGUAACAAUGCCGGUGCGUCGGGGCAAACGGAGGUCGGGAGUCAAGACCCUCCUCCUGGUGGUGGUGGUGGUGGUGGUGGGGCUUCCGCCCAAGCGGAGGCCUCGCCGCGCCGAGUUGCAGCCGGCGGUGCGGGGGACGACCUGUCGCAGAGCGGGGACGAUGACAGCGACUUCGCCGUCACCCUCACGCCCUGUCGGCGAGGUACGCGCGGCGGUGGCGGCAGCGGUGGUACCGACCGCAGCGGCAGACCAUCACCGCAUCACGGGGGUGGGAGCGUGUGCUCCCCUUUCGUGCUGGUCGAUCUGAGCCAGGAUGCCGAGCAGGAGGGUUCUGCUGCUGCUGCUGUUGCUGUUGCGAGGGUUUCGGGCAGAACUAGAGGCGGCGGUGGAGGGGGAGGGGGAGGGAGAGGAGGAGAUGUAGAAGGAGGAGGUGUAGAAGAAGGAGAAAGAGGAGGAGGGGGAGGAGGAGGAGGAACGCCGGGCCGCAACACGGAGGUCCUACCGGGUGCAUUGCCCGAAGGAGAGGCUGCAGGGGAGGGCGAUGACGCUCCGUCCCCGGCACUAUCGUCCUAUUGUCUGAGUCCUGCUGGCGACAGAGGCUCAGACACGGGGCAGGGCCGGGGCGGCAGCGAGGGAGUGGGGGGCGGGGACCGAGGCGGCGAGGAGCUGCUGCAGCUGAAAGCGGCGAAAAGGCUGUAUUUUCUGGUGAGCGGAAACACGGGCAGGGUGCACGUGUACAAGAAGGUCGGGGGCGACGACGAAGACGGGAAAGGUUCCGGAGGCGGCGGCGUCGGUGUCGAGGACGACGAGGAGGAGGCAAGGCCGCAACACUGCAGGUGCAACUUCCGUCCAGAAGACCUUGACCGACUCUUCGAGGCCUCUAAGGAGGCGUUGCUGUUGUCCACGGCGACGACCACAGGACCGUCAACGCCGGCAUCGAGGAGGCGGGCCGCAGAAGCGUGCGAGGUAGCGCGGGAGUUCGUGCAGGAGUGGAGGGCGCUGUCCUCCAGGAAACGGCCGCUGCUCAAGGGGACGCCUUGCCGCCCUCCCCUCGCAGACGAGCUGUCCAGGGUCACCCCAGCACUGACUGGCAGCAAGCGGCGGUACGCUGGCACGGUCGGGGGCCCGUCAAAGUCGGGUGGUCCUGCUGGUGGCGGCGAGGGCGGCGGAAGCGCCGCCGGCGGCGAAGUAAGCGGCGGCGCAAGCGGUGGUGGCAACGGCGGUGGUGGCGGGAGUGGUAACGCCGGCUCUUCUGCGGCCAGAAGCGGCGGCAUCGCCUCGGAUAAGGUGAUGUGCCUCUACUGUGACGAGGAGGCUGCGAGCGAGCAAGGCCCGCCUGUACACAGAAGGGAUCGCUACUGCAGCGUGGAUUGCAUGGAGGCGCACGGGACUCGAACAAGCAACACCUCCCUCCGAAGGCUGGUGUUCGAGAGAGACCACGGCGUGUGCUCGGGGGAGGGGUGCGGGCGAGACUGCUUCGCCCUCGUGUCCAGGCUCAAGGCCGUGCAACACCGGCAGAAACGGCGGGAUAUUUUGAUGGGAGCGGACCCUCGGUUCGGAGACCAGCGACACCUCUCGCUGAGGGAGAGGCUCGUGCGGGAACCGAAAGGAGGUUACGCCUGGAACGCUGACCACGUCACCGCGGUAUAUCAGGGCGGGGGAGAAUGCGGGGUCGACAACCUCCGGACGCUGUGCGUACUGUGCCACUCGGAGGUUACGCGGGUUCAGACCACGGAGCGGGCCGCAACCAGGAGGAUGGAGAAGGAGAACAGGCGCCGGUCCCUCGAGGAGGCGCAAGGGCAGCGUCGGCUCGUCAGCUUCGGCGGCGGCAUCGCCCUGUCGGCGGGGUCAUCGCAGACAGGGAAUACGGCAGGAGGAAGGGGGGGCAGCCAGGACGACGCCUGCGAGAUCUCCGGAAGCGAAGAAGACCGCGGCGACUCUGACGGCAGCAGCGGAGGUGCUCACCACACCGACAGCGACGACGAUGACGGCGUGUUUAUGUCUCCGUUGAAGAAGCAGGUGCGCGCAGGCAUAGCCGGCAGGCGCGAAGGCGGUGGAGACGAUGUCCCCGCAAAGACGAACAGCACGACGUUGCAGCCGGGCCUCAAGGGCUGCAACCCUCCGCAUGGAGGGAGCGAGCAGCCCAAAUCUUCCGCGCCCCGGGGAGAGGUGGACACGGCGAGAAACAGACAUGGCGUGAGGAGCAGGUCGACCCGUGCUUCCCUGGAAGCUAUCGAGCGAAUUAUCAACGGCGAGGGCUGCGACUUGGACUCUCCGCCGAGAGCGGGCGGCGCCGUCGGUGGGGUGCCAAGUGCUGGUGCUGCCGUUGGGGACGGUGGUGGUGGUGGCGGCGGCGGCGGCAACGACAGCGAUGACAGCUGCGAGAUCAUGUUCACCCGUGUGCGUCCCACCUGA